GCUUAUGUUUAUUUUUGAGACGCGUAAACAAAGGCAUAAAUAACUGCUGGUUCUCAGGUUAUCUUUAUUAAUGUACUAAUAAGUUACUGUUGAAUUGCACAAAAAAAAAGCAUUUUCGUUCUAUUCUGUAUAUGUUGAAUUUGCUUUCUUCUUUCUAUUAGCUAAUACAUAAAAAUGGCGGAGAAAGGACAGUCUCAAAAUCCUCAGGGUCAACCGCUUAUGAAAAUUGGAUAUUAUAUUUUAGGUGAAACACUUGGUGUUGGAACUUUCGGUAAAGUUAAAACUGCGAAACAUGAACUUACGGGACACAAGGUCGCUGUUAAAAUACUUAACAGACAGAAAAUCAAAAAUUUGGACGUUGUUGGAAAAAUACGACGAGAGAUUCAGAAUCUAAAACUUUUCCGCCACCCACAUAUUAUCAAGUUGUAUCAAGUUAUCAGCACUCCUACAGAUAUCUUCAUGAUUAUGGAAUAUGUGUCAGGAGGAGAACUGUUUGAUUACAUUGUGAAGCAUGGAAAAUUAAAAGAAGCUGAAGCCAGGCGCUUCUUUCAACAAAUAAUUUCAGGUGUUGAUUAUUGCCAUCGACAUAUGGUCGUUCAUAGAGAUCUGAAACCAGAAAAUCUUUUGCUUGAUCAGAAUUUGAAUGUGAAAAUAGCUGACUUUGGGUUAAGCAAUAUGAUGAUGGAUGGUGAGUUUCUUAGAACUAGCUGCGGAUCACCAAAUUAUGCAGCUCCUGAAGUUAUAUCAGGAAAAUUAUAUGCUGGGCCUGAGGUGGAUAUUUGGAGCUGUGGUGUUAUUUUGUAUGCCUUACUUUGUGGAACUUUGCCUUUUGAUGAUGAGCAUGUUCCUACUCUGUUCAGAAAAAUAAAAUCUGGAAUAUUUCCCAUUCCUGAUUAUUUAAACAAAUCUGUAGUCAAUCUAUUAGUAUACAUGCUGCAAGUCGAUCCUAUGAAAAGAGCUUCUAUGAAUGAUAUCAAAGAGCAUGACUGGUUCAAGAAAGAUCUUCCUGUAUACUUGUUUCCUGCCGCCAAUGAUCAAGACACAUCUCUAAUCAACACGAGUGCCCUAAUGGAAGUUUGUGAGAAACUGUCUGUGCGUGAGAGUGAAGUGCACAGUGCUCUUCUGAGUGGUGACCCUCAUGACCAAUUGGCAAUCGCAUAUCACUUGAUUUUAGACAACAAGAGAAUUGAAGAUGAGACAUCCAAGUAUGAGAAAAAUAGUUUCUACUGGGCUUCUAGUCCACCUCCCACCACAACCGAUAUCAGUAGCCCUGGUAAGACUCAUCCAGAACGAAUUGGUGGGCGCCAGAGAAUGAUGAGCGGUGGUAACAGUACUGACAAAAGUAAAGGAACUCCAAUGAAACGGGCAAAAUGGCAUUUAGGCAUCAGAUCUCAGAGUAAGCCGUUUGAUAUUAUGACUGAAGUUUACAGAGCCAUGAAGGCUCUUGAUUUUGAAUGGAAAACGGCAAAUCCUUUCCAUAUCAUUGUCAGGAGACGACACCCAGUAACUAAUAAAUAUACAAAAAUGACUUUGCAGUUGUAUCAGGUAGAUUAUAAAAGUUACCUUUUGGAUUUCAAGUCACUUGCAAACAAUGAAGAAGGUAUUGAUAGUCAGAGUUCUACUGAGUCAAUUUCGUCCAACUGUCAACAAUCAUAUAAUAUUAUGGAGUUUUUUGAGAUGUGUGCUGCACUUAUCGCUCAGUUAGCUCGCUGAGUUGAGUUGUUGUGGAGAGGUUCCUGGUUUUUGAAUGUGUGUAUUUUGAGUUUAUAACUUCUGAAAGUCUGUUUUGUGAUAUGUAAAUUUUUUUUUUCUUUUUGAAUGUGUCCCGAGUGGUAUGUAAAUAAAUCAGAGAGUUGUAUAUAAACUUACGUCAAAGUUGCUUUCGUAAUCUGUACAUAGCUUUAUCGCUGAAACUUGUCUUUGUACAAAGGACUUUAUAUAUGUAUAUUUGUGAUAGUUAGUUUAUUUUAAAGAGUUUUUAUGUCUAUCUAUAUCUAUAUAGUAUAAAAAAAAUGUAUAGAAUGUGCAUAGAGGAAUAUCAAGCACAUUAUGUUUUAUCAAAUUAAACCCAAUGUACUUUCAGAAAAAUGAGAAAGUUUCUCAUUAUUGUAAUUCUAUAUUGUUUAUCUUCAAAUUUAAAAAUGAAUAAAGUCUUUAUUCUAA